GAGGGGCGGGCGCGGAGGGAAGGAUAGACGGUGUGACGGUCGCCGCGAAGCGUGACCCUCACACUGCCACGGGACUCCAUCAGGGAAGGUGCUGUCGCGUGGCUCGCUGCCUCACCACCACCACCACCACCACCACCACCCACCACCACCACCACUACUGCUACUGUCACCUGCCCACCUGAUCAUACCGCAGUAGCAGCCAUCAUGGGCGUGCAACAACAAGAACAGCAAGGCGACCUCAAGCCACGUAAAUCACCGAAGCCUGUCAGCGAAGCCAGACGGAUCCGUAAGCCCCUCAUGGAGCGGAAGCGUCGCGAGAGGAUCAACACUAGCCUUAAUGACCUCGCCUCGCUGCUGACGGAGGCGCGGAUGGUGCGGCCUGACGCGGGAGGACGGCCUGCUAAGCUGGAGAAGGCCGACAUCCUCGAGCUGACCGUUAAGCACAUCAGGACGCUGAAGGAGAAAGGGAACGGCGUAGACCUUCCCACGGAGACAAAGAAGGUGGUGAAGAAAGAAGACAAGAUGGAAGAGGAGGAGGAGAAAAUCGAGGAAGUGACGGAGGAGAGAAAGAGAAGCUCUGCAGAAGGGAAAUACCUAGCAGGAUUCCGAAGGUGCAUGAAACUAGUGGAGGAGAAGUUGCAGCAGGCGGGGAAGGAGAUGUUGAAGGAAAGACUGCUGGAUCACCUCGGGUUGUGUCUGACCAACCUUGAGUCACGCCUGUCCGCACCAGACGCGCUCACUGCCGUUAAGAGCGAGGACAGCGCUGCCACCACGGGGGAGGACACAGGUGCCGGCGGGAACGAGAGCAACACGGCACAACCUGGCACGUGCCUCACCCUCACGCCCACCAGACUGCCCACGGGCGUGCUGGCCUUCGUGGUGCAGGGACCUCUACCCCCAGCCCUUCUCACGCAGCAGUCACCCUCAUCACCACCCUCACGCCCACAGUCGCCCUCCUCACAAAUCCCAGGCACCUUAACAUCAACCCACUCCACCACCACCACCACCACCACCUCCACCCCUUCUCCCCUCUCUUCCUCUCAAGAGUGUCAGUCUUCCCCAUGCCCCACGCUACCCAACGUCUUCACCACACCCACACCCACCCAUGAUAUAUCCACAUCCACCCCACGACAUCCCAUCCCACCCCACCACCACCUCCCAUCCUCCAGGCAUGACACCUUACCUCACACCUCCCACCCACGCCCAUACCCCACCUACGCCCCCACCCAGCGUGUCGCCGGUUUUCCGCACAUCAGGUGGAGGAAAUGGAUGUAGAGGAGGAGGGAGAGCAGAACACAACGCAGCCCUUCGAUUUAAGCCUGAGGAGGAUGUGGCGCCCUUGGUGAGAUAAGAUAAGAGAAGGGAAUAAAAGAAAGCCAACAGCACUGAACAGUCUCGCAAAGGGCAACUCGUGUGAUGCUGCCCUCUAAGAAACCGGUGCAACUAUGUUCUGUUAAAUUACUCGUCAUGUCACCUACCCUCUGACUCACUCACUCAUCUCUGCAUGCUGGUAAGAUACGGUUAUGUAUACUCCCCAAAGACAAUGGAGAAUAGAGUAUAAGUAUGUAUGAGUAUAUACUGUAUGUAUGCGAGGAAUACCAACGUUGUAAGCACAGGUCAGUACAUACAAGUGCACACACACACACACACACACACACACACACACACAUACACAUACACACACUCACUCACUCACAAUCACAUACAGUGAGAGAACAUUAAGCGAGUAAUUGGUGAAUACUUAUUGUUAUUAUUAUUAUUAUUAUUAUUAUUAUUAUUAUUAUUAUUAUUAUUAUUAUUAUUAUCAUUAUCAUCAUCAUCAUUAUUAUUGUCAUCGUUAUCAUCACCAGCAUCAUCAUUACUAUUGUUACCAUUUUCAUUAUUGCCAUCAAUGAUAUCAUUAUCAUUAUUUUCGUCUGUGAUAACCUAGACUUACAAUUAUAUAUAUUUAUAUUCGAUAAAGACAGAAGAUUAAAACGAGCCAA